ACACAUGUACACAUUAUGAGUGAGGAGGGUUGGCGAGCCUGGUGUGUGUAUCCAUCGCUAUGGGCUGGAGCCGCAGCUGAGAGUGAGACUGGUGGACGAUUUGCCUAUACCUGUAGAAUAAUGGACGGUCCAAUGAGUAAAGAAGACAGCCCCAGGCGGGAUUUUGACGAACUGAGUGUGGCCUCUGACUUCAGCAUCAUACCAGAGAGCUUUGCUGGCCACGAAGAUCAGGCAUUUAACGAAGCAAGAAGCAUGGCUAGUGAAAGAGCUCUGCUCAAGUCUGAGGACCUCGAGCCCUCACUUGCUGCAGAGACCUCAUUUGGAAAGGUUAAGUAACUGUUGAGUUUUAUGUGCAUGCCUACUACAUCUGAAACACUAUCUGGGAAUUACAUACUGACACCCACACUCACCGCGAAAGUGUUAAAUCGUAUUGCGCUCUAUCGCGUAGGGUUUGGAUCACCCCAAGACUACUUGUGUUAUCAGUGGGCUCCAACACCUAGUAAAGACCACACUCAAAAUCAGCUGCCUCUUACUGUGGUGUUCAAAGCAAGUAACUUGCCAAAGGAUGCUGGAGAGUUCUUCCAGUUCUGUUACGUGACACACGAGAGCCACAUUGUGGGAGUGUCGACACCCUUCCAGCUGCAACAGUUUGGGUGUGUUGGGGUGAACAAUGUGUGCGGGAUGGACGACGGGGAGGAUGGCAUGGUGGUGGUGUGCACCAACGAGAGCAUCCUUCAUGACAAGGUUAACAAGUUGUCAAAGCAAAAUGAAAAACUGGUGGGAGAUGUAAGCACACAGAAGCAGCUGAUGGAAGAGAAGCAGAGAGAGCUGGAUGACAAGUCACAGCAGCUCAGUAUGUGUCAGCAUCAUCUUCAGGGUCUGGAGGCCAAAAUGAAGAUAGAGACCGAUGAAAAGAACGAGUUAAUGGGGAGAAUAGGACAGGUGGUGGAGGAGAAGGGCCAUCUGGAGGAUCGUGUCAAGACUCUGGACCGUUCUCUGGCAACAUCUAGUGUCAGAGUAGCAGAACUUGAAGCUCAUAUUCUUGCUAUCACUGAAGAGAAAAGGAAGCUGGAUGAAGAAUUGUUGAUGGUUCGUAAGCUUCGAGAGCAGCUGGAACAUGCUCUGUUGAAGUGUCAGGAAGAAUUGUCUGAAAGCGAGGGGAAACUCAAGACUACAGCAGAUGAGUUGGAGGCAGCUCGAAGAGAGAGAGACCAUGCAGUGAAGGAGUUGGAGUUGUGGACAUCCAGUGCUGCAGCAGACAAGAAUGAGAAAGAUUCUUUGUCACUUAAAUUUUCAACAGUGAAUGAAGAGCUGAUUAAUAAGCUUGAAGAGCUUGACCGUAGUAGGAAGGUAACCCAGGAGUUAGAAGACCGGCUCACUGACACUGUUAUACAGAUGACGAGCACAAAGGAUAAGCUGAAGGAUGUUGAGAAGAAACUUGUAGAUGCCGAGGAACAAAAACACAUUCAUGAAGAACGUGAAGCUGUUGUUAACCAAGAUAAUCACCAGCUCAAGGCUACUAUUUGUCAGCUUAAGGAAAAGAUUGAAUUAUUGGAAAAUGUUCAGGAGAGAGAUCAGAGUGGACGAGAAGCUGCCGAGAAGAUUGCUAGUGACCUGAGUAGUCGCCUUCAGGCUGCCAAGGCUGAGUAUCAGACCAUAGCUAUCACCAACAAGCGUCUUGCCAAGAAAAUUAAGAAGCUCCGUCAGUCCAUGAACUCUCAAGGAGAGAAUGAUAAGCAGUCAGCGAUGACGUCUUCUGUAUCAUCACAAGUUAGUGCAUGGUUCCAUGUGGAUGAUGAUGGAGAUAAUGAUGCAGAUGACUUGGAAGUGGCUGCUUGUAGUUAUGAGGCAGGUGUACCUCCUCCGGCUAUGGUCCAGUCGUGUUCCACAGUACUAACUGGAACGUCUUGCACUAGUUGCUCCCAUACAACCCAGCAGUUAAGUGAAGUGGUUCAUCGCAAAAUGGAAGAUAUAGUACGGGAACUUUCUCUUCAGAUUAAUUCUCUUAAGCUGCAGUUGCAGGCACGUCAAGAGGAACAGGAGUCAUAUCCUGAGAGGGUUGUCCUUGAUGUGAUACAGCCACUGGAGUCACAACCUGCAUCAGAAACACAAGAGGUAGUUAUACAAUCACAAGUAGACGAAGAACAAAGUGAGUCAGUACAUGAAGAACAGCUGCAGAACAAUUCACCUGAAGCUCAGGAGGAAGAUGCAACACCAACAGUUCAAAACAGCACAGAUGAGACACAAGUUCUGUACAGCAACAGCUUUUUGCCAGCUCAGCGAACAGCACCAGUCUUUCUUCCUGAGAAUGACAGACAAGUCCCCAGUGUACACCACGAAGCUAAUGGUGCUUCUGUUCGGCCAUCGGCCCCAUCUCCAACUCCCUCCAUCUAUCCUUACCUGCCAUGUAGCCAGUCGGGUGCUAACGGUGCUUCAGCCAUGCUAGUGAACAACCCUGUCACUGGUGCCUCACUAGUGAUGUCACCACCACAUAUUCCUACAGCUCAACCAAUGCCUGGUUCUUUUCUUCCGCCUCCACUACAGCCAGAGACGACCCCAACAGCCAUUCAGGCAGCUGUAAUGAGCCAGUUCCCUGCUCAGCAGCUGCCUGGAAAUCAGGGCCACGAGUCUGAUGAUGAUGACUUCCACAGCACCAGUGACAAUGAUGACUCUGUGACCCUUCCCACUCACCAGGAGCAAAGUCACUUGAUUCAGUGUCCAAUGUGCAGCCUUUCAUUUCAACCGGAAGCCAUGAGCCUGCUGGAGGAGCACAUCAACUCUCACCUGGAGCAUGUUUGUCCAGUGUGCUCGACGGCUUUCCAACGAAACAACCAAAAACGCUUUGAAGAGCACGUCCAUGCCCACUUUGCCGAAGAUGGUCCGGACGACACCAACCCUUUGGAUGAUCCGUCAGGUCCCUGGGGUCCACAGUUCAGAGCAGCGCGCCUCUUGGAGAUUGAUUAAGGCAGUUUGGUAGGUUGUUGUGUACUUGAUUAUUGCCUUGAUGUGCAUAUCAAGGGUCAUAACAGGGUUGCUCCCUGGUUGUAAUGUGUGACAAAGAACUAAAGUCUGCACUGUAGACAGCAAAAUAUAUUCAUUUGGGAUUUUUUAUAUGCAUAGUGAAGUGUACUCUCAUGUAAAACUAAAUCAUUUAUUAAUUUUUUGAAGUUACAGCAGGCUGUUACAGAACUGUAAUAGUCUUAAAUUGUCCAUAAAUUUUCAUGUAAUAGUUUAUAUUGGCCUGAUUAUAUGGUUUUAUACUGGCAUACUUCAUGCUUAUUUUAGUGUGUGUGUGUGUGUGUAGGUGUGAUCACACGAUGGUGAACAGCAGCAGCAGCAGUGGUGGAGGCAACCUACAUACUACACUUUAGUAUUUAGUGGGAGAGGCUGCAUCAGAUUGUGAAGUAUGCACUAAGUUACAAAAGUCAGGUGUCAAAAGCAAUAUAAAGUCUGAUUUACCAAUUAUUUUAAUUACUCCAGUUAUUUAUAACUGGAAGAUAUUUGGUAUUACACUGAAUGUUUUGUUUUAACAUUAUAAAUUGUGUAGCAUCAAUGACUAUAUAGUUAAGAUUAUUUCUUAAUUUUGUAGUCUUUUUUUAUCAAACCAAAUAUACGAUAGAUGGCUUAUAACAUGCAAUAACCACCGUGAAUAUGUCUACUUUGAUGCAAAAGGUUUAUAGCUUUAAGAAACUAUAACAAGAAAUAUAUUUUCAUGAAGCUCACUUGUAUCCAUAAAGUAAGGGGCUUUACUUGCAUGUGCGUACAUGUGUGCGUCGCUUGAUGAACACACACGCGUGUACAUGUACAGUGUACCAUGUGCAUGUUUGAAACUCUAUACACCCACAGAUAAUCAUAGAAAACGGUCUUUAACUUCUUUUUAUUAGUUUUAUGCUUAUUGUGGUAUAAGCAUAAAUUACUGUUUGUAUACGUAAUGGAAUAGUAUAAGGAUACAACUAUAGAACUUAGAUAUUGAUCUAAUGAGCAAAAGUUUAGCAUUUUAUUGAAUUAGAUAUAAUCUAGACUGUUCCUGUAAAUUUUAUGUAUUGCUGUACUAAAUAACAAAGAUCCAAAAUUUCAAGGCAAAUAAUAUAGUAUAAUUUUCAGUUAAUCUUUGUUAUAUUUUAUAUAUUUCUUUAGACUGAAAAUUUCUAGCAUUCAGUUGUAUUUUAUUUAGUGCAUAAAAUUGUUUUCAUUUGGAGGCGAGGUGCUUGUUUUGUUGAGUUGUGUGAUAAAGAGGAGUCGCGCUGAGAUGUGUGAAGGAAUAUGAGGACAGCGGCACAUAGUGACGAGCGUUCACAGAAUUGUGAUGGGUCUUUAGAGGUAGAUCAUGUGGGUCACCCUGUUUUAUAGUGGCAUGUGACACAAAGAACAACACUAACACAAAAAUAUACUGUACUUCUGAACAUUUUCACUGCCUACUGGUCAGCCUGUUUUUAAAUACAUGAUCUUAUAACAGUAUGGCUUUUAUUAUCAUGUGCUGUCAUUCUUAUUGUAAUUUUUAUCCACUUACAGCAAUACUGUACUGUAGUUGUCUUCAUAGAUAUUAAAAUGGCCAGCAAAUAAAAAUAUUACUCUGGAAUAAAAUAAAGGUAAUAUUUUAUUUGCAACAACAGUACAGGUACUGUAUACCAAUUAUCGGUAAUAUAAUAUUUAGUGUAGCAACUCUCGUGGAAGGCCGAACGAUUCAUGUAAUUUAAUUGUCUUUUGAAUAGGGUUUUUUCUUGAUUCUGAAUAUGAUCCUAGAGUGAUGCAGCCAAAAUGGUAACCCAAGCUGUACAUGAACUAAGGUUUCAUAGUACUUAGUGUAGACUAUCAUAUUAUAUUACUAACCUGCAUACCCAAGUACAGUAUACUAGAUAUAUUUUGUGAUUACAAGGUAAGGAGGAGUAAGUUCAACAUUAUCUAAUUCAUCUACAUGGCAAACUGUCCCUCUGUAAGAGGUUAUGGGUCGAUGCAUUUUAGAUUAAGAAUGUUAAAUGAUGUUUGAAAACUAUUCAAUUUAGAUUAGUAGGCCAGUAAUUAUGGAAAAUAUUUUGUGGAUAUUUAAAGUUUUAAUAGUGAAUUAGAAAUUAUAUUUUCUCUUGAUUGGUGUCACAGCUUUUUUUGUGCUCAUUUUGUAUCUUAAACUGAUAUAGACAGUUCAAAUUGUUUUGGCUGGGAAUCUGUCUGUCCAUCAUUUGGCAAAACUUAGUUUUGUAUUCUUGACCUGCUAGUGUCAUCAACCUAGCCUAUUAAAGUUUUAUAUAUAUUUAGAUUUUGUCUUUAAGAUAUUGCACAUGUCCAGGGGUUGUUAGGGUAAUUAUUGGUUGUAGGCGAUGUAGCUGUCUACUCACAAGUGAUGCUCUUGUGUAGAUCUGUCCAGAGACUUCUAAACUGACGGCACAAGUAGAGGGAAGAGGGUGCUGCAGUGUGCGGCUCUGGAGGGGACGGAUAUAAAUUGAAAAUUAAACCAGUUUUCAUUUACUGUAUUCAGUUUCUUAUGCCAUUAAAAAAAGCUAACAUAAAAUAGUUAACCAAAACAUCACAGUACAUGCACUAUGUCUAUCAGAGAUUUGUACAUAAUUAGAUUUUUAGGAAAUUUAUAAAUUAAUGUAUUGUUAAUUAUAAAAACAAUAGCUGUCAAUUGUUAUUUAAACUGGAAUAUCUGCCUGGUGAACUAGCUCACUUGUGCUACAAUAAUUGGAUAUAAAAUAAAUACACUACUAUACUUGAAUAAAAUUAUAUAGCACUAAGACAUGAAUUCCAUCCUGACCCCUUGCAAGUCCUAUAUAGUCAUAAUGGUUUGGCACUUUCCUCUGAUAAUUAAUUCCCUUCCCUGGUAAAAGUGCAAAUAUUCGUCCAGGCUUGGCACCUUUUACUGAUAAUUAUGAUGCUCCUCGACCCUGGAAUUUGAUUUUAUAAAUACAUGUCACAUUUUUUGUUUUGUAUAAUUGACCUUUAUUAAAAAAUCUACUUAACUGAUAGGUCUAAUGACACAAUAAUCUGGUUUUAGAACUUUGAGGUAAAAAUUUAGCAUUUGCUUUAGUGGUGCAUUAUUUAUAUUUAGUUUAACUACGUAGCAUGCAUGAAAUUAUUUGGUCGAAAAUGUUGACCCUUAUACCUUCUGAAAUAUUUUUCAUUGUACUGUCGUGCAACAAUCACAAGUAUUGCUUUGGUUAACAAUUUUCACACAUGAUGCACUAACUUCUGUAGAAUUCCACACAAAUAUUAUGGCAUAAAGAAAUGCUUCAAAUGAUGGUUAGUUUUUUCUCAGAAGUGUGUUACAUUCACCAGUUAUAAAUCUGCGGCAUACUUUAUACAUGUAAGUUUUCAGUCAUUGGUGAUUAAGAAUGAAGGAAACUGCUGCAAUUACUCGUAAUGAAUAUUUUUGUCAGCAAUUCUUGUCAAGUUUGUUGCAUGCUGUGAUGUGUCACGGCUCUGUGAUAGGGUUUACCAAAGUAGCAACACAAUAUGGUUCAAUAAAUCUUAAAGAUUUACACCUUGUAAUAAUAGUAAGACAAAAUAUACUAAUACAGUCUUAAA